CUAUCAAGUAUCAAUCCCGUGCCUGCUUCGUGCCUGCUUCGUGCCAUUUCUGUGAUCAGUGCUCGCUUGUUUGAUUUUGUGCUUUAAGUGAUGGGGAAGAGCUACCCGGCUGUUAGCGAGGAAUACCAGAAGGCUGUAGUGAAGGCGAGGAGGAAGAUUAGAGCUCUCGUUGCUGAGAAGCACUGCUCUCCUCUAAUGCUUCGUCUCGCAUGGCACUCUGCCGGAACGUAUGAUGCUAAGUCUAAGACGGGAGGUCCCUUCGGAACGAUGAAGCACGCAGCGGAACUCGCACAUGGUGCUAACAAUGGCCUUGACAUCGCUGUUAAGCUGUUGGAGCCGAUUAAGGAACAGGUGCCGAUCCUUUCAUACGGUGACUUCUAUCAGCUCGCCGGGGUUGUUGCUGUUGAAAUUACCGGUGGGCCCGAGGUUCCGUUUCAUCCUGGCAGAGUGGACAAGCCUGAGCCUCCGCCUGAAGGCCGCCUUCCCGAUGCCGGAAAAGGAUGUGAUCAUCUAAGGCAAGUUUUCUACACAAUGGGUCUAAGUGACCAGGACAUCGUUGCUCUGUCUGGUGGUCACACACUGGGAAGAGCUCACAAGGAUCGAUCUGGGUUUGAAGGUCCUUGGACAUCCAAUCCUCUUGUCUUCGACAACGCAUACUUUAAGGAGCUCGUAUCUGGAGAGAAGCAAGGGCUUCUUCAGCUACCAUCUGAUAAGGCGCUUCUGACCGAUUCCGUCUUCCGUCCUCUUGUUGAAAAAUAUGCUGCGGAUGAGGAUGCCUUUUUUAAAGAUUAUGCUGAAGCUCAUCUGAAGCUCUCCGAGCUGGGAUUUGCGGAUGCUUAAAUGCCCCAUAAAUUCAAACGCCAACCCACGGAAGCUUUUUUGCUUUUACCGAUUUUAGAUUUCUUGAAUUUGUUGGCAAUUUGGAGAGUUGCUUUAUGUUGUUUAAGGAUGUUUUUUUUGGCGGUAGCACAACGUAAGCUUGCGGUACUUUCCUUAUGAAAAAUAAUACCACCAGCUCUUACUUA